AUGGAACGCAAAAAUUCCCAAAAGAAUAUCAAUAUAUGCAAUAAAGAAAAUUCUAAUUUAUAUAAAAAUAAAACAAAAAGUAGACAAGUUAACACAUUUGUAAAUUAUAACGAAGAGAAUGAUGUAAAUGAAAGAAAUAAUUCUAUCAAUUCGAUAGGCAAGUUGUUUGAUAAGAGAAAUGCACCCCAUGAUAAGGAAUUUCAGGGAGCUAAUAUAUAUUCUGAAAGAUGCAGUGGUAGUAGUAAUGUGAGAAAUAUUGGCAUCAGCAGUAAUUACAGUUUUGCAAAAAACCAUGAACAAGUGAAUAAUAAUAGUUUUGCUCGAGAAGAUGGAGUUAAUCAUAAGGGGAAGAAAGGAAAACUGGAAGAAGAAGAAGAAGAAGCGGAAGAAGCGGAAGAAGCGGAAGAUGCGGAAGAUGCGGAAGAUGCGGAAGAUGCGGAAGAUGCUGAAGAUGCGGAAGAUGCUGAAGAUGCUGAAGAUGUAGUGGAAGAUGUGGAAGGUGGUGAAGACGGGGUGGAAGGUAUGGAGGAAGAUGUGGAAGCUGCUGAUGAUGGAGUGGAAAAUGGCAAUGACCUAAUUGUUGGUGAAGGAGGGGCGUACAAGCAAAGCACUAGAUCGAUGGCUUACUUCGAAAAUAACAAUAGAAAAACGUUGUACAGACAUAAUGUACUAAAUGAAGAACAAAAAAACAUUGAAUGGCUACUCACUAGAGAGAAAAAUAUAGAACAAAUGGAAUCUAUUAAUUUUGAUGAUCUAAUGAAAAAUAACCUUUUUAGUUUUUUCCACAAUAGUUACAGUAAUAGGACCGAUGUGAGUGACCUUAAAAUAGGAAAUAAAAUUGGAAUGAGUAAAAGAGAUGGAAAGCACGACAAUACCAGAAGGAAUAACACCACAUCUGAUGAAAUGGAGAUAAUGAACUUAGCAGAUUUGUUGUAUAAAAUUAAGAAGGAAGAGUACAUGGUUGAGCCAGAUGAUGAUGGGACACCUUGUGAUGUGCAGUAUGAGAGAAAGUAUUACAAGGCCUACGAUGGCCCUUACGUUGGGCCGUAUGAUAGGCCGUAUGAUAGGCCUUAUAAUAGGCCUUAUAAUAGGCUUUAUGAUAGAUCAUAUGAUAGAUUAUAUGAUAGGACAUAUGAUAGGCCAUAUGAUAUUCCUUAUAAUAGGGCAUACGAUAGAUCCUGUGAUAGGCCCUGCAUUAGAUCGUACGAUAGGAAUUAUGAUAGGACUUACGACAGACCCUGUGAUAGGCCCUGCCUUAGAUCGUAUGACAGAUCGUACGAUAGGAAUUAUGAUAGGAAUUACGACAGACCAUGCAUUAGAUCGUAUGAUAGAUCGCAUGAUAGAUUGCAUGAAAGAUCGCAUGAAAGAUCGCAUGAAAGAUCGCAUGAAAGAUCGCAUGAAAGAUCGUAUGAUAGACCCUGUGAUAUACACUAUGGAAUGCAACGUCUGAGGACUUACGGGGAAGGUUACGAUGGUCAUUAUGACAAUCGUUUUCCCCAACGGUAUGAUGAAGAGUAUGAAGUGGGUGGUGUGGUAGAGGGUAGAGAAGAGAGGCAUAGUAUGAGAACAGGAAUUCAUGAAAUAUGUGAGUAUAGAGAAAGGAAAAAAGAAGCUGCAGUGACAUUAGAUGAUAAGCAUGCAUAUAUGAUGCUUCAUGAUAACAGCAAGAGAGGAGGAGGAGGAGACAUGUUUAUAUACAAAAAUAACUCCAAAAAUGGGAACGAAAAGUUAAGGGAAAAACAACAGCAUGUUUAUUCCAACAUAGCUGAUAUAUGCAAAAGUUACAUUAAAAAUAUUAAUAAUAUUAACAAAAAUGCAUUUAAAAAUGAAAACAAAUCAUCCAUUUUAAAACAUCCUAGUUGUAUGGCAAAUCCAUAUGAAGAUGUGUACAAUAAUGGAGAUCAUUAUAACAGUAAUGAUAGUUACAAAUUUUCGAUGAAUAAAAUGGCUAGUAAUAAAGCCCAAGACAUGAAUCCCAAAAGUUAUAAAGUUAUAAAUGGUAAGGUUGGAAACAGCAAGGAAUCAAGUAUUCACACGUCUAGCAACCGAAGGAUGAACAGCAAGGAGAAGAGUAACACUGAGGUGAACAAUCCGGAGAGAUGCUUAAAGGAACGAAGCGACAAUCAGGUAGUAGUUAACAAUAAGAUGCAUCGAAAGCAAUUGAUGAACCACCAGGGUCUUAUCGAAAAGCAAUCGAAAAAGAAAUUAUUGAGAGAAAAAUCACCGAAUGUGGGUACAGAAGAAACUUACCAAGAAGGUAAUGUUCCACAGAAAACUGUACGAAAUGUACAUUUUAUUGAAAGUGAUCUGAAAGGAGAUAACCAAAAGUGCAAUAAAAAAUAUUAUUUGACAAACGAAAAAAAAAAAGACACAUCUUCCUUAAAUAAUAUCGAUAAAAAUAGCGUCCAUUCAGUGGCCUUAUCUAAUAUAGAUGAAAGGAAAAGUGGUGUGGAGCAGCAGAAAAGAAGGAAGAAAAAAAGCAAACAUAAUGAUUUAAAAAAAUUAGAUUAUUCAAAGGUGGAUUCUUCUCCCGGCAUGAGAAACCAUUCGCAUGAGAAGGAGAUCUCACCGAGUGACGCUGGUUCCACAAGCAAUAGUGGUAACAGGAAUGGCACCAUCGUUGGCAGUAUCAGUGGAAGUAUCAGUGGAAGUAUCAGUGGCAGUAUGAAUGACAGCAUCAGUGGCAGUAUCAACGACAGUAGCAAUAGCAAUGGAAAUAAGGUGUGCGUCGAGAGAGGGGGUCAAGCGGGGCCAACUAUUCAAAUGGAAAAGGAGAAGGAAAUUCCCAUGGAAAUUAUAAACUACUGCAAGGAAAAUAAUCUGGUUCUGAGUGAAGAUAUAAAGGAUCUCUUAAAAUAUUAUAGUGAAAUAUCAACCACAACAAAUGCAUCCAAUAGCAGUAUUAAAAAGUGCAUGAAUAAUUCAAAGAUGCUACUGGAGCAUGUGAAUAUUUCCCAGAAUUCGAAUAAAACACAUGUUGAAAGAAGAAGUAAAAAUGAUAACCCCUCAACAAAUAAUGAGAAUAAUAAUUCCAUGAUUCAUGAAAACAAAACAAUUUCUUGGAAUAAAAAUAAUAAACAUAUGAACUUGAAUACAAAAGUACCACAGAAAAGUUCGAGGUUGCAAAUAAGCAAAGACCCUAAAUAUGAAAAUGUAUCAUACCAAUUCGGUAGUAAUAAUGUCAAAAGGAAUAAUAUGGAUGGUUCAACAGAAAGAAAAAAAUUAACGAACAAAAAUACCAUUUCCAUAACAAAUCAAGAGAAAGAAAUAGAUUCCAAAGAUGGUAAUAACAGUAUACGAAUAAAUCAUGCUAACUCUCUUGUGAGUAGAAAAGGUAGUAUGCGACACGUGGGAAAAAAAUAUGCCAAUAUUGACAACAUCAAGCUUAGUAAAAACUACAACAGGAAUGUGUGCACGUUGAGUACCAAUAUACUGAAUGCAGGCAUGCAAAGUGGUGACUUAACCACGGGAACAUCUGGAAUUAAAGAAGAUGGGGAGGGAGAAGCAUCGAAUAAUUUAAAGAAACCAACAGAUGAAGAAAAACACAAUGGAAGGAAUAAAACGAAAGUAAAAUUGAAAAAUAAUCAUAACAGUGAUAAGAACAAAGUAAAAAUGAAGAAGAAUAAUAAUGAGACCCCAAUUGAAUCGAUAAACGAAGAGGAACAAGUAAAAUUAUUACAAGAUUAUUAUGAAGAUGUAAUAAAAUGCUAUAGAAAAUACACCCUAAAAGGAAUUGAUGAUAAUAAAACGUUUCAUUUUUGUGAAUAUUGUGAACAGAAUAUUUUUAAUUUAAGUAAUAUUUUAAGUAAUAAUGAAGCAAAGGAAUACAUGUACAAAUGCAACAUUUCAUGUGGUAGAAGUUUCCAUAUAAAAUGUGUAAGUCAUAUUAAACGAAAAGGUAAUAAUUUCAUUUGUGUUUUCUGUUUAUAUGACAUAAACUUCUGUACCUUAUGUAAGGAAAUAACAACAAAUGACAAGUUGAUACCUUGUUAUUAUCCGCUGUGUAACUUAUUUUUACAUGCUGAAUGUGUUGAAAAUUUGCAAUUAUUAAACAUCGAUUGUUUGAAACAAUAUCAAUAUUGUUCACAUCUGACAACUUCUAACACAUUGUGCAAUGAAAACAAAGGGUUAGAUGCUCCAAAUGAUGUAAAUAAGGAAUUAUCACCAAAUAGGAAAAUAUGGAAAAAGAAACGAAUCUAUUGCAGAAAAAGAAAAAGAUGUGGGGGAAAAAAGAAAUGUACUACUUUAAAUAAAAAAAUAAAUAAAAAAAAUGGUUCCACUUUAUUAAUUAAUGUAAAUACAAAUAAGAGUCAGGAAGAGGGGAUAAAUAUAAUAAAAAAUACAACGGAUAAUAGUGAUAAAAUGAAAAAUUUAGAUAGAAAAUCUACCAUUUUAAACACCUCAUUAGAUAGUAACGAACUAGCCAAAAUGGACGAAUCGUCCAAAAAUGGAACAAAAAAUAUAAGACUCAGUAAAUACAUCUGCCCCUUACAUGUAUGCUAUGUUUGUAAAGAAUUUUAUAUCAUUAAUUUGGAAAAAGUGAAAAAUAAGGGAAGAAAUUGUCUCUUCAGAUGCAUAAAAUGCUUUAAGUCAGUUCAUCUUCAUUGUAUGAAUAAUAGUUACAUUAUAUCGUAUACACAGAAAAUUAUGUUCUGCGCCAACCAUAUUGAUUAUUACAAGACUAAGCAUAUGGAAAUGUUUCUUAAGACUUUUAAAAAAUUACCAAGCCCUCCACUAAGAGCAAGUGAAAGUAAGAAAGGAGUAAUAAAUGAGAUGUCAUGCAUUAACAGAAUUUCUAACGAUCACGCUACUGACAUAACCAAUGUGAAUCAUAAAAAUAAAAGAAGUAAUAAUAAUAGCAACCGUAAUGAUUCCCAACUAUCUGCAGAACCACGCAUGCAUGAAAAUGAUAAUUUUGCACAUGUCUCAGAUACAAUGAGGAAAAAACCGUUGGGAGAAGAGCUGAAAAAGUCUGUGACAAGCAAUUCUGAAAAAAGAAAAUGUUCCAACAUGUUGUCACCAUGUAAAGACGAAGAUGUUAAAAAUUUGGAACAACAGGAAAAAUUGAUAAAUUCCAAUUUAAAAAAUGGAAUUAUUUUUCAUAAUGAAUCCAAACAGGUGGAGAAAAAUGAGACAAUGAGAAACGGUGCUGAAUGUGUUUCUGCAUGUAACGAUGAUGCACUUACUAUUCAUGAGAAAAGGAACAAAGAACAAGUAAUGUUUGAUUUAACAGAAGAAGAGAGAAAACAAGACAACAAUUCCUACUUAAGAAAAGAUACUGAAAGGAAGGAUUGUUGUGUAACAGAAGAACUGAACAAUUGUAAUGAUGUAGUUUCUUGCAAUUUGACAUUUUCCAUUGUGGAAUACAAAAAUACGGUUAGCACACUUUUGGAAGCUGAUAAAAAUGAAAGUAUUAAUAAAGAAGCAGAUGUGACAAAAAUGAAUGUGAAAAAAAGUACCACAAAUAAUUUGAUGCAGCAACAACACCACCAUAAUUAUAAAGAGAGCCCAUGCUUGUCGAAUGAAAAUGGACGUGUUUCUUUGAUCCAAAAAGACAUGAAAGGUGGUGAAGAAAAUAAAAAUGUAAGAAUCAGUGAAGAGGUAAAAGAAUAUGAAUGUAGGAGAAAUGAUGAUAUAUCUACAAAAUCAAAAAAAAGAAAAAUAUCAAAUGUUAAUGAUAUUGAUAUUUUGAAAAAUUACAAUUUAGACAUAAAUAUUUUAAGUGAUUUCACCAGAAGCAACGCAGAUUUCACUAUUUCACAGAAUGUUAAUUCUUUGAUUAAGAGCAGCUCCAGCAGAGGUGGCAUAGAUGAGGAAGACCAUUCGUUUAUAUUGAACAGGAAUGAGGAGAAUCAAAUCGAUAGGGCUGCAAAUGAAGCGGCAGAAAAUGAAGUGGCAGCAAAUGGAACGGCAGCGAAUGGAACGGCAGCGAAUGAUCCUACAAAUAAUUAUGGUAUAACCCGUACUUUCAGCAAAUGUCGAAAUGUAAAUUUCAAGGAGAAAGAAGAAACAGAGUUAGAAACCCUAGCUGGACCCCCAUGGAAUAAAAUAGACAGUUGUAAAAUGGAAAUGAUAUGUAAAGAUCUUUUAUCUGCAAACAAAAUUUGCCAUAUAUAUACGAAGGACAACUUCCAAAGUGCUGCAGAAUAUAAUUAUUAUGUACACAUAAAAGUAAAGCGAAUUUUGCAUAUGGAGAAAUCGUUAUUAUCACAAGGUGAAAUACAAUCAAAUCAGAUAAGUGAAGAGUGUGAAGAAUACAUAAACCUAUUGUGUACCUUUAGAGAGGAUUUUAUUAAUUUUGUCAUCUUUUUGUUUAAGAAGAGAGACAAAUGUGAGCACCAGAGUGGGAAUAAAAAUGAGCUUAGUACAGGAAAGGAAAAACAAAUCUCCAAAUUUCAAGAAAACAAAUUUGAAAACAAAAGUCUAGUGCAAACAAUAAACAAUAAAAAAAAUACGAUUAAAAGGAGCAACAUAGAUAAUACUAUCCUGAAUGAAACACACAAAAGAGUGGAAGAACUCAUCUCAGAUGAAGAGACAAAAAAUAAUGCACCAUGGAAUGACCGUUACAAAUUUGUGAAUAGAAAAGGUGGGGGGAAAUGUGAAAAUGCGGAAAAAAUAUUUACACAAGAAGAAGAAGCUGUAGAAGAAGACCCAGAUGAGGAAGAAAAGAUCAAAUGGGGAUCCAAUGAUUUAUUAAAUAUUUUGUAUAAAGAAUUAAAAAAUGCAUCUGGAAUUAGAAAUGUUGAAAAGGAUAAAAUGAAUAAGAGUAUAAGAGUGAUUAAUAAUUCCCAAGGUGUCGAAUAUAAUGCAUACCAAGACACAGAUGUGAUUAAAAUAAUGUCUUUUAGGAUGGAAGAUAACCCUUGUAUUAGCACCAACCCAAACAGAUGUAUGAAGUGCCAAUUUAAUGGAAUCAAUCAAUCCGGAGAUGCAAACAGUGCAAGUUCAUGCAUAUGUAAAAAAAAUGGAGAUACCAUAAAAUGUAAAGAUGAAGUUGUUAAUAUAGAUACAGGUGAUGACUGUAUGAAUGAUUUGAAAUUAGAAAAAUUACUUUUAAAUACAGAAAAUAAAAAAAAUCAGAUGAAUGAAAAUAAUGGAGAUGUAGAAGAAGAUCUUGCAAAGGGAAAGAGAAAACUGUUUAAAAAUGGUAAAGUUGAUUUUGCUGAUUUUUCACAUAUAACAAAAAAUGGAUACAAAAUAGAUGUAAGUAUUUUGAAAAAAUGUAGCCCCUACUUAAAUUUUGAAUAUAUUUCAAAGAACGUUUAUCUGAGUGAUCAAAAUAAAAAUUUGUUAUCCUGCAAAUCAGAUGAUUAUAGAUGUUUAUGUCAAACAGAGUGCGAUCCCUUUAUGUGUUAUAAUUCUUUAAGCAAAAUACAAUGUUCUAGAAAUAGGUGUAAUUUGCCAAUACAAAUUCAAGACAAAAAAUGUUUUAAUCGCCCCUUUAAGCAUUCCGCUAUAAAAGAUUUGGAGAUAAGAAAAACGGAAAGAACAGGAUAUGGAGUAUUUUGUAAACGAGAUAUAAAGAACGGAGAACUCAUAUGCGAAUAUGUUGGAGAGGUACUUGGAAAAAAAGAAUUUGAAGAAAGAAUGGAAGCAUAUCAAGAGGAAAGUAAGAAAACGGACAUGUAUAAUUGGUAUUCUAUUCAGAUAAAUCGGGAUGUUCAUAUUGAUAGCAGAAGAAAGGGAAGUAUUUCAAGAUUUGUCAAUCACUCUUGUUCUCCUAACAGUGUUUCUCAGAAAUGGAUUGUUCGUGGGUUUUACCGCAUAGGAAUUUUUGCUCAACAGGAUAUUCCUGCUGGUGAGGAAAUAACAUACAACUACAGCUACAACUUCGUGUUCAACAAUUUCGAGUGCCUAUGCAAUUCAGCGAAAUGCAUGAAUUAUAAUUUGAAGAAAAAAGAAGAAACAGACAACGACUUAAGCGACAUUGAAAUAAGAGACAAUGACAUAUUUAACCCGAUUGAAAACUUUAAUAAGCUACAUAGAAAGAUGCAAGACUGGAUGGUGAACCUAGAAAAUACAGAAACGAAAUCGUUAUAUCAGUAUAAUAAAACGAAUGCCAUUAAUUUAAGACUAAUGGAAUGUUUCUCAACGUGGAUUUUUUAUGAUUUGAAUUUUCAUAAAAAUCAGUUUCUGUCUCUUAAAUCUAAGCCUUUUAAUGCUAUGAGCGAAUUUUGGAAAAUAUUAGUUUCAUCCUUUUCUGAUGGGGAAAAAAAUAUUAUAAACGCGUUCAACUUGUUUUUACCGUCUCUUAUAAAAAUUGGCCAAUUGAGAAGGAUACAGCAGUAUAGCUACAUCCUGCACAACGUCGUGGGAGCAGAACAUGAAAUGUGGAAUUUGAUUGACAAAGGGUUUGCCGAUGAUGAAGUAUGCAGAAAAUGCAGAAGUUGUGGGAAUCUCACAAUGUGCGAUAAGUGCUUCAAUAGUUACCAUCUCAUUUGUGGAAACAUGCAUUCGAAAGUGCACAAAAAUAAUGAAUUAGUUUUAUGCAAAUUUUGUCAAAAAUAUGAUUACAAAAUAAAAUGGAUUAAGCAGAGUUAUAGAGACCAAAUGAAGUGUUCCAUUGAAAUUAGAAGUAAUGCCUUUUACAAAUUAAAUCGUGAUAUUAUCACCCUACUUGAGCAAUCAGUAAAAUACACGAAAAAUAUGUCCCUAUCGGCAAUUCUAGAACACAACUCAAAGGAAUGCAACAAUAAAAAGCUCAGGUUGAAAAAGUUUCAGUACAAAUACGUCAAGGCAUGA